GGUAUUGUUCAUUCAAAUUCCGAAGCUCAUACAGAGAACAUGUGCUUGCUCUAAUAUUUUUAGUGAAAAUUAAUUAUUUUUUGUGAAAAAAAAACUCUAUAAAUAAUUUAAAUUUCAAAAUUCUUUGUCGAUAUUUCAAUUAGAAUAGUGUGAUUUAAAAUGUCGGGCGCGUCAAGAACUAAAAUGGUUUUUCGUUUAGGAUCUCAGAUUCGAAAACAGAUGGGACGAUUCGCUGUGCCACAGCAACCGGAACGUAUGGAUAUUACAAGGGCGGCUGAACUUGAUGAGUGGGGACAUGGACCCCUCUCAAGAAUGAAAGCUGGGUUCCAGGAACCGACGGCCUCCAGUAGGUCGGCGAGGAUGAAUUAUAUGGAUGGUGCGACUAACAGGGCCAAAAUUCAUAACAACCUUUCCAUUAAGUACUCAUCAACAGCCGAUAGGCCUCGUCCGGUAACAUCGGAUAAACCCAUGGAAAGCCAACCAAAGACUCAGCGCAAAGAAAUAUCCAAAACAAAUACUACCCCGUGUCAGAAGAUGGCCGAAGAGAAACGUAUAACCGAAAGACUCCUUAGUCUACUCAUGACUGAUCCUUUUUGUUGAAAGCCGUUCUUCGCUGGCUUCGAGUAAUGCCACUCGCAAUUAAUUUGGAAUGUCGUAUUUUAGGAUUUAUAUUUGGGUUUCUACAUUUGUAAUACGUGAAGACUGAAAGAUUAUUUAUUUAAAACAGAAAAUAUAAAAAUUCAAAAUUUA